AUGGUCUUUCACAAGCGACAAGUAUCGGACCCCUCUACGCUGGGAGGUCCGCCUGGACCCGGUGGACGUGGUCAGCUCCCCAUGCUCCAGCUCCCAGAUAAGAUGCGAUAUAAUCUUCUCUGUGUGUUAGGCGAGUUUGUCGGCACGUUCAUGUUUCUGUUUUUCUCCUUUGCUGGUGCCCAGGUCUCGAACACCCCAAUGCCUCCUCCUGGCUCAGAUCCAAACACGUCCAACCUUCUGUACUCGUCUCUGGCAUUUGGUUUCUCUCUGACUGUGAAUGUGUGGGCUUUCUUCCGUGUUACUGGAGGUCUGUUCAACCCAGCGGUUACCCUGGCUCUGUGCUUGACUGGUGGCAUGCCAGUACUUAGAGGUUUACUGGUAUUCCCUGCUCAGUUACUUGGUGGUAUCGCAUCCGCUGGUGUUGUUAGCGCUCUGUUCCCAGGACCGCUUAACUGCGCCACUCGACUUGGUGGCGGCGCCUCUAUCUCACAAGGGCUGUUUAUUGAGAUGUUCUUGACUGCGCAGUUAGUACUGGUGAUUAUCAUGCUGGCAGUUGUCAAGCACAAGUCCACAUAUCUGGCCCCUGUUGGAAUCGGAUUGACCUUCUUCGUGACUGAAUUGAUUGGUGAUUACUAUACCGGCGGAUCCCUGAACCCUGCUCGCUCGCUCGGUCCCGAUGUCAUUAAUCGCAGUUUUCCUGGAUACCACUGGAUCUAUUGGGUUGGCCCGCUCUUGGGAUCGCUUUUGGCGUCUGGCUUUUAUCACUUGCUCUGUUGGGUUCGCUGGGAGAAUAUCAACCCUGGUCAGGACUUCAAUGAGUGGGAAGCCAGGGCUCGAAAGGAGUCGAUGGCUACGUCGGAUAAGACGUUCACGGAUCAAGUUCAUCGUGCCCCUGAUUCCUCUGAGAGUGCAGUCGUGCCCCCUGAGGAGCAGGUUUAG